CACUUUCGAAGGUCAUUUCGAAUAUUAUGUAGACCCUGCAUGUGCUCUGUCACCUGCGGCUGGGACCGAAUUUGUCGAUCAAUCGAUAGGCUGGCGACGCGCUAGGUACUGGUAGGUACUGCGUCAUCUUGAACACUACUUCACCACAUCACCAACAUGCCUGAACAACAGCGGCAGUUUGCCCUGCGUAACGUCCCUAGGGUCAUGAUAAGACCAGCAUGGCACAAUACAGUCGCAGUGUCCUAUCUGCCAAAGGGAGUCUUCUUCUUCAUUGCAACACCGUUCCUCUACCCCAUGCUCAAGACUCGGCUAUUGCCUGCCUUCCUCCUUAGCAGCUUCGUCCUUCUAAAUCUGUUCUUCUGGACCUACCUACCGCAGGUCGCGUUCCUCUCGAUAUUCCACAAGGGUGGCAGUGCUUGGGUGAACGGCACAUUCUUGGUGCUAGGCGAAGGAGCUGCUGCGGUGGCUAUUUUAUUCGAGGCCUUCUUGGUGGAUGAGACCCAGGUGGACAUAUUUGAUGCUGUCAUGAUCUACAAGGGUUACGAGGACCUUGUUCGGCAGCACCGUCCUCUGUCCGAGGAGAGUUUGGACAACCCCCUACGCCGUCUCGGAAAGCCUACGAAAUCCUCCGUAUAUGCGCCAUUCUCCUUCCGCCAAAUCGCCGAGUUCAUCCUCCUACUGCCGCUCAACCUCGUGCCAUACGUGGGAGUGCCAUUGUUCCUCUUGCUCACUGGGUACCGUGCAGGUCCCUUCCAGCACUGGAGGUACUUUCAGCUUUUGGGCUUCGACCGUAAACAGAGAGACCAGUUUGUUGGCAAGCGCAGAUGGCAAUACACAUGGUACGGUACUAUCUACUUGUUCUUACAGCUAGUUCCGCCCUUCAGCAUGUUCUUCCUGUUAACAGCCGCCGUAAGCUCUGCGCUGUGGGCGGCUGAUCUGGAGACAGCACAGCGCGAGCAGGAGGGAAGAAUAAUCGCUCCUCAGUACACGGAUGACCCGGUUGCGGCGGUAUAAGAGAGGGGAAAGGCGAAAGUACGACUUAUACACAUCGUUGGGUCGUUGCUGUCCUUGUACUUCGUAUUCUGCUAAAUACAGGACGUCCACUCAAGACCAGAUGCUCGUCUCAAUGUAGACCUCCCAAGCGAUGGAGCGCCUUGCAACAGCCGAGCUUGCGCCAGCGCGGCCCGGCUAUAGUGGCUUCGAACCAGCCAAGGAGCGAGAAGUGAUGACGCACAUGGCCUUACAAGUCACCUCCAGAAGUGUGCGAAUGGAACUUGCUGGCAGCUUGAGCAUGUAGCGCAGCGUAAAGGCGGAACUUGCACUGGCAAUUCGAUCACCUCGAGAGCGUGGCUCGGUGGUCAGCUUUGAUCGACACAGCGACUGGUAGCUAGUAGAGCAACAGCUUUCAACAUUGACCGUGAAUUGUUAGCAAUGGAACAUCUUUCGACAUGAA